ACAUGAAAGAUCAGUUUACAGAAGGAUCCUGGCAAAACACACGGAGACUACACAGCUGGAUGAGCAAGAGAAAGAGAGAGAGACACCCUUUCUGUGGCCUGUUAAUGUGGUGGGAGGGAAGAUAAAAGGGUCACGUGAGUGAAGUGCGCACACACACACAGCCAAGUACACUAGCAUUUCCCUUCCCUUCCCUUCCCCCAGCACACAGUGGUAGCGCAAGAACAGCAAGGCAACACAGUGUUCAGCGGGAGCGCGGAUGAACGCCUCACGAAGCGGCAGUGGGUAAAAAUAGACCGUCAGACGCAGCUGCAGAGACGAAGGAAAGAAACUGAGAGAACGCAGGAGCACAAACGUGGAUAAAAAAAAAAAAAAAAGAAAAAAAGGCGACCGUUCUGCCUAGCAACACACACACACACGCCGUGAAAGAUCUCAGCUUCAAGCCCCGGUCAUCUUGAUUCGGGUUCCACCCUUGGGAGUGACUAAUAUACACGAGGAGGAGUCUUAAACACAAAAAAAAAAACAACGAAGAAGAAAAAAAAACACCACACGAGUCCACAUUCUCGGCUGUGGUGAGAGGAGCAUUUUGAGGGGGAAAGUAGGCUCUUGGACGGGAUUGCGAAAGCGCCGAAGCGCGUUAAAAUCAUGCGCACGGGAAAGCGGCACGAGUCGGGCUGCCAGCAUGCGCCGGUAAAAACGAGGCACACCCAUGGCGAGCGUGCCGUUAUCUCUGAGCGACAGCUUCCGUUCUGUGAAAGGUCUUUCAGCGUCUGAACGGACCCGAGCAGGAGAACCAUGCGGUGCAGGCGUCGGCACUGUUACGCGCGAGUAGCGGGAUUGCUCGCUUUGCUGGGAUGCGUCGUCCUCAUCAUCUUCUUCCGCCGAAUCAUGGACAAGCCGACCUUCGAGAAAGAAGUGGCGGCGACGCCGAAUCAUUCACCGACCAGGUCCCUGGUGAAUGGCACCCUUGUUUCAACUCAGCCGGCGUUAAGGACCGCCAUGGGAUCGAAUCGGAGUUUAGCCAAGGAAGAGAACGCGGAAAGCUUCCUUAAAGUCGAACCUUACAAGUACAUCAUCAACGAACCGGACAAGUGCAGGAAAAAUAACACUUUCCUAGUGCUGCUAAUUCCAGUCGAGCCUCACAACGCAGAAGCCAGGAAUGCCAUUCGGAAGACGUGGGGCAACGAAAGCGUGGCUGAAGGAACCGUGCGCCUGUUUCUACUGGGCGUGAAAGACAGCGCGCGUGAUUCGGGGCUGCGCGAUCUACAGCAGCACUCCCUCAGGGCGGAGAGUCAACAACAUCGCGACAUUAUCCAGCAGGAUUACGUCGACUCCUACUACAACCUCACCAUCAAGACGCUGAUGGGGAUGCACUGGGUGUCGAGGUACUGCCCGAAAGCCAAGUACGUCAUGAAAGCAGACAGCGACAUGUUCAUAAACACCGAGUACCUCGUCCACAAGCUCCUCAAAGCGAACGUCCCGCGGGAGAUGUACUUCACCGGGUACCUCAUGCGAGGCUACAAGCCCAAUCGAAACAAGGACAGCAAAUGGUACAUGCCUCCCGAGUUGUACCCCAGCGGAAGCUACCCCACGUUUUGCUCGGGAACCGGCUACGUCUUCUCCGGCGACAUGGCCAAGCGGAUCUACGCCACAUCCCUGAGCAUACGCAGGCUGCACCUGGAGGACGUCUAUGUCGGACUCUGUCUCUCCAAACUCAACAUAGAACCCAUGCUGCCGCCCAACGAGUUUCUCUUCAACCACUGGAAGGUUUCCUACUCCAGCUGCAAAUACAGCCAGCUCAUCACCUCGCACGAGUUUCGCCCGAGCGAGCUCGUCAAGUACUGGGAGCACCUCCAGAAAAACAAGGACAGAGCAUGCAAAGUGCCCAAAGCGCAGCUCGCCAAGAACAACGCAGCGACGCUUCACCGGGACAAAGCCGUGCUCAACCCUGUGCAGUGACGCACCGAAUCUUUCUGCCAUCACUUAAGUCAUCAGCGUAACCUCCAGGACCAGGGUUACCGCUGAGGAAUCGCUGCUUGCCAAGUAAAUCAGGCUGAACUACUCUUGGAAGGAAAUGCUGCGUUGUAAACCAUCUUAACAUGACGAUUGAGUACAAUUUAAAAAGACAAAAAACAAAACAAAACACAGUUUGUAAGUGCUCUUAUUGUGAAAUUUUCUUUAAGUUUUGACCACUAAAUAAAGUGUUAAAAAAAAAAAAGAAGAAAGAAAACAAGGAAAACGACCCAUGCACAACACUACCCCGAUGAAAAACUGAAUAAAAAUGUACACCAGUAGUGAGACGUUAUUACUGACGUUAUUUUAAAUGAUCGCGGUCACACUUUUAGGGUUUAAGCUUCAGAGCUGCUCUUACAUCACAUUUCAACACCCCCCGCACCCCCCGCCCCCAAAAAAUCUGACAUGACAUGUGGCUCCAAAUGUUUGUCUCAUUUUUUUUUUUAUUGUUACCAUUUAAUUUUUAACACAGGUUUUUUUUUUUUAUUUUAUUUCUAUGCACUCUGAGGUUUAUAGGCCACGACCCCCCAUUCUCUAUGAUAAGAGAUGAUAAUUUAACAGAUAAAGAGGUCCUGCUUGGUGUUAUUGUUUAAGAAAUAAAAAUUAAAAAACUAAACUGAAACACAGGAACAUUUUUGAUUGGGUGUGAAAGAAAAAAAGGAGAAUAAAGCUGUAGCUCUAAAAUUACACAUAUGACGAUAUUAAAGUCACAUCACACACACACAGGGAGUUUUCCCCUCUUCUAUUGUAAAAGAAAGGAUUUUGUUUCCCAUCCGCCUAAAUGGAACGCAGAUUAUUAUUUUUUUAAAAUCGACCUACAACGCGUUAAUCCUUUAAUCCGCUUCGGCGCGUAUGGAUGCUCUGUGCGCUAAGCAGUACAAAUGACACUGAGCGACACUAUGUUCACUCGACAGCUAUUCUGUUCCUCGUGACGUUUGACUAGGGGAUGUAUCUUAUUUCAGGAAAAUUCAGGUAAUUAGUUCCCACGGCAGACAGGAUUCAAUUAAGGCUUCUAGCUUAUUUUUUGUACGUUUUUGGCGCUAUAGGAACGACCAUCCUAUAAGAGUGUAAUGUCUUAUGAUGAUUCAUGAUAUUAUUAUUAUCAUUAAUGACCGUUACAAUCGCACUACUUAAAAUAUUCAUGACCCUCAUAUUAAAAAGGUGCACACACGGUAAUAUUUACAUACAAGACAGACAGAAGACAGACAGAAGGAGAUCCCAAAUAUAUCCUAGAAAAUUUUUCUAAAUAAACUAAAAUAAAUCCCAAAUCUCAAAUAAAUCCAUCAUAAUCCCAAAUAAAUCCUAAAUAAAUCCAGCAUAAUCCCAAAUCAACCUAAAGUAACCCUAAAUAUUCUAAAUAAACCUAAAAUAACCCUACAUAAUUCCUAACUAUUCUAAAUAAACCUAAAAUAACCAAAAAUAACCCCCAAAUAUUCUAAAUAAACCCAAAAUAACCCAAAAAAAUCCUAAAAAAAAAAUGUUCUAAAUAAACUAAAAUAAAUCCCAAAUAAAUCCAGCAUAAUCCCAAAUAACCCCAAACUCUUUAAAUAAACCUAAAAUAACCCUAAAUAAAUCCUAAAUAUACCCAGGAUAACCCCAAAAUAAUUCCAAAUAUGUCCUAAAAA